UAAAAAUCAAAUAAAUUAAAAGAAGCAUAAAAAUGAGAUUCUCUUUUAAUCAAAUAAAAUCUUUAUUAGAUUCUUUUGUUGUAGAUUUCUCACAGUUAUAUUUAGAUUUUAACUAGAAUAAGCUAGGCGAAUAAGGAGUAAUUGACUUAAGCGGAUAUCUGUCAAAUUGCAAUUAUUUGGAUAACUUGGUACUUAAUUUAGACUGGAAUUUAAUUGGUAUCUAAGGCAUACAAAUUUUGGGAUCUAAAUUAGCAAAUAACAAAAGCAUAAAAAAUCUAACUUUAAAACUAUGUGGAAAUAAUCUAUUUGCAUAAGGAAUAUCUGAUUUAGGUAUUUAGCUCUCUAGAAUGCCGAAACUAUAAAGCUUGAAUAUAUAUUUAGGGUAAAACUGUAUAAAGUCUCAGGGCAUUAUCGACUUUAGUACUGCUUUGAUCAACUGCAAAAAUCUAUAAGUUUUGGUUUUGUUUAUAAAUGGAAAUAAUAUAGGGGAGUAAGGAGCUAUUACCCUUGGCAGCAACUUAUCUAAAUUUUAAAAUCUUAAAGAACUGGCUAUUUAUUUGCACUCUUGUAAUACUGGAAAUAAAGGAGCAUAUAUGAUGUGCAACUAAAUAUCAAAAAGCAAAUCCAUUACAAACUUAAUGAUAGAUCUAAACUAAAAUCAAAUAAACAAUCUGAAUAAACUCAAAUUAGAGGCUUAAAUUAAAAAGACAUUAAGACUAUCAAAAUUAAAAAUAAUACUUAAAAUUUAAUGCUAUUGA